AUGUCGAGGGCGUGCCUUGGGCUCCGACGGGCCUGGUGGGUGGGCUGGUGGGCUAUACUGGCCAUCGUCUCCCUGCACACCGCGAGGGAUGCGCUCGCCCCAUCGGCAUGUGAAACAACGUACCUAUGGCAGGCCUAUGAAGAAAUUUUGCUUCCUUCGAAUGUGGGCCAGCAGCGGGGGUACCGCCUGAUCAGAUACGUGGACAACCCCACUGAGGAGGCACAAGGCCGAUUGGGAUACAAUGGCAGCAUACUCCACACCGUGAUCUUCGUGCAUGGGCACCUGGGCACCCCGGAGCAGAUGCGGUCCCUGGCCUCUCAGACCGGCAGGGAGCUAGUGAAGCGCUGGCGGGCGGGCGGCGGGGAGCUGCCCGUGCGGUGGCUGGCGCCUGACUUUGGCCGAGAGGCCUCGGCCCUGGACCACUCGCUGCUGGUGCCACAGUCUCAGUACCUGUACGACUGCCUGCAGUACCUCCAGCCCCGCAACCCCAGCCCCUCGGGCGGCGUGGUGCUGGUGGGGUAUAGCAUGGGCGUGCUGACGGCGCAGGCCCUGCUGAGCCGCAUGGCCUCCGACCAGGACCCCCUCCUACCCAGCAUCAGGGCCUUCCUCCGCCUCGCCGAACCAGGAACGCGCGCCUUCCCGGCCCUCCUGCCCUCGCCGGGGACGGGGAGACUCCUGCGCGGCGGCGGCCCGGGUCUCGGCCACGUGCCGAGCCUGGGCGUCGUGCCUGGGAAGGGCGACGGGCUCAUCCCCGAUACGCUGGGUCUGAAUCCGGGGUCGCAGGGGGCGGGCCCACCUCGUGUGCUGAUGCAGGACGUGCCCGGGGUCUGGACCGGCGGCAGUCACAAGUCCAUCCUUUCCUGCAACCAGCUGGUCUGCCGGCUGGCCGGCGGCAUCGUCGACGCCCUGCACUGCGCUGACUCAGCGCCAUGGCAAGAGAUCAUGGCGGGCGUGGACUGGCUGGCAAACGCCACGCACCUCCUCAGCCUUGAUGUGAACAGCGGGGAAGAGGUAACGCUCCAUGCCCACGGCAACCGGCUGGAGUGGGACGUGCUGGCGUGGCUGGCGGCGCGCCUGCAUGCCCGAGCUGCUGCCCUCCCUGCCCUGCUGAUGGCCUGCACGGUGCCGGGUGCGGCCGCGGCGCCGCCCCUGGUCUGGGCCCUCAUCGCUGGCAGCUGCCUGGUCCACCGCAGCCUGCCCCCGGUCCUGGGCCUCGGCUGGGCGGCAUGUGGAACCUCGGAGCCGCAGCGCCUGGCGCACCUGGCGGCCUCGGCGCUGGCCCCCGCGGCGCAGCUGGCGGGCUGGGGCCUGGGCGGCAACUGGGCCGCGACGCCCCUGGACGCCAGCUCAGCAGCGCUGACCUUGCUGGGACUGCGAGCCUGUGCGGCGGGCCGGCUGCCGCUGCAGCAGACAGCGCUGCUGGGCCACCUGCAGGCCCUCGCCAUGGCAACCGCAGCGCUCUCUGGCCCUCGUGCCUUUGCGCACGCAAUGGCCAAGGGAAGCAACAAGGCGGGGACCCCCAAGUCCAACCCCAAACACUCCAAUGACAAGAACCGCGCCAACUCCGUCAGCAAGGACGGCAUGCGGAGCGCCAGCACGGUGCGCCGUCUGGCCAUGUACAAGACACGGCCGAACCGCAACAAGGAUGGAAAAAUCAUCUCGCACGAGCUGCAAAGCAAGGAGCUGCCCAGCACCCGCAUCCAGCCAGACCGCCGCUGGUUUGGCAAUACGCGUGUCAUUGGCCAGAAGCAGCUCGAGGUGUUCCGUGAGGAAAUGGCGGCCAAGGUGGCCGACCCCUUCACCGUCCUCGUCAAGGAGAAGAAGCUCCCACUUUCGCUCCUCAGCGACCCUUCCACAAAUUUUGCCGGCAGGGCUGCCCGUAAUGGGCUGGUGGCGACUCAGCCCUUUGCCGACACCUUUGGGAAGAAGCAGCGGCGGAAGAAGCCAAAGCUCUCGGCAGAGAGCUACCAGGGUCUGUUGGACCGCGCCGAGACUGUGGAGGGGAGUUUCACGAGCAAGGCCGACGCUGUUGGUCCCUCCGACCCCUUUGCCGACAUCCGGCCUGCAGCCCAGGAGUCCGUCUUCUUCAAGGGCCAGUCCAAGCGCAUCUGGGGCGAGCUGUACAAGGUCCUCGACUCCUCAGACGUCGUCAUCCAGGUGAUCGACGCACGGGACCCGCUGGGCACACGCUGCCGCUUCCUGGAGCAGCACCUGAAGAAGAAUGCGCGGCACAAGCACAUGAUCCUGCUGCUCAACAAGUGUGACCUGGUCCCCGCCUGGGUCACUAAGCGCUGGCUGCACACGCUGUCCAAGGAGUUCCCCACGCUGGCCUUCCACGCCUCGGUGACCAACCCCUUUGGCAAGGGCAGCCUGCUGGGCCUGCUGCGCCAGCUGUCCCGCCUGCGCAGCGACAAGCAGUACAUCUCGGUGGGCCUGGUGGGCUACCCCAACGUGGGCAAGUCCUCGGUGAUCAACACGCUGCGCUCCAAAAAGGUGUGCAAGGUGGCCCCCGUCCCCGGCGAGACCAAGGUCUGGCAGUACAUCACGCUGACCAAGAAGAUCUUCCUCAUCGACUGCCCCGGCGUCGUGUACAACGGCACCACGGACACCGAGUCGGAUGCCAUCCUCAAGGGCGUGGUGCGCGUGGAGAGCCUGGAGGAGGCCGCCGACCACGUGGGCGAGGUGCUGGCGCGGGUGAAGCCGCAGUACCUGCGCCGCGCCUACAAGCUGGAGGCCUGGGAGGACGCGGAGGACUUCCUGUCACAGCUGGCGCGCGCCGCGGGGAAGCUGAACAAGGGUGGCGAGCCCGACCUGAACACUGUGGCCAAGAUGGUGCUCCUGGACUGGCAGCGCGGGCGGAUCCCCUUCUUCUCCCUGCCCCCAGACCACGUGGACGAGCGGGACGGGGUGGAGGGCGACGCCGCCGCGGCACUGGCGGCGGAGCAGGAGGAGGAGGACGACGACGCGCUGGUCGUGGGCGGUGUGACGGAGGAGGACGCCGCCGCCGUCCCCGACGGGGACCCAAUCAAGGCAGCGGCUGCGGCGCGCGCGCUGACGGCGGCCGCGGCCGAGGAGAUCCAGGCGCAACGGGCGGGGGCCAUCCCCGUGCGCCAUGCCUUCUUCUCCCCCGAGGACGGGGGGGAGGGCGGCCAGGACCUGAGCGGCGAUGACUCGGAGGGCGACGCCUCUGACGGCAGCGAGGAGGAAGAGGAGCACAAUGGGGAAGAGGCGGCCGCGGGGGCCGAAGGCGAGGCCCCCGCGGCGUCUGACGACGACGACGACGCGGAGGCAGGGUAUGGCGAGGGCGGGCUGAGCUGGGAGGCCGUCCUCCAGAGCAUACAGGAGCCUGGGGCAGCCGAGGAUGAGGACGAGCUGGAGGAGGAGCCAACGAUCACCGUCCCUGCCCCCAAAAAGCAGAGGGCUGGAGCCGCUGGGCCGGCGAAGCGGAGGGGUGGAGCUGAUGCGGGGGGCCGGAAGAGGAAGGCAGCGAUAGGCACGCCUGACAAGCGCAAGCGGAGAGCCGGCUAG